AAGUAACGGCGCAGCGUCCCCCAGAUGGAUGACAGAGAAAGGGAUUUAUCAUCCCUCUCUCUCUCACACUGCUCAGAUGAACUGUGUGUCCCUGCUGUACGGGUGGGAUAUCAUUAGCCUCCUGCACACGCCCUGUCUGUGAUAUAGAUAGUAACUAUCUGACGGCUCUAGGACCGUGCAGCACAACACAUCUCCUUUGUCUUCCAGCUGAUCCAGUGUCGGGCUCUUAUAUACCUCUUCUCUCUGCUGCUGCCACUCUGUCCCCGGCCGUCAUGUGUGGCCCGCGGCUACUUCUUCUCCUCCUGGCCGCUGUACCAAGAAUCAGCGCUGUGGUCAGUGAAGUCCGGAGCUGCCUAGACACUGCCCGGGAGCUGAGGGAGAGAGGCCUGGGGGCUAUUCCAGGUGUCCGUGCUCCCAUAUCCGGGGAGCACCUCCGCAUAUGUCCCCAGGAGUACACGUGCUGUCCCAGUGAGACGGAGCAGAGGCUCAGCGAGGAGAGCGUGAGGGACUUGGCCCGUAUUGUGAACGAGAGUGUCAGUUACCCCAUGGGGGUAUUAACCGGGGCAAGAAAGAAGUUCCAGGAGUUCUUCCUGGCUCUCCUGGACUCCUCCGAGCACUCUCUCUCCGCCAUGUUUGUCCUGUCCUAUGGGCGCCUGUACUCCCAGAAUGCAGCUCUCUUCAGCACGCUCUUCUCAGAGCUACGAGCUUAUUACAUGGGGGGAGGAGCCCCCAGGCUGGCCGACGCCCUCUCCGAGUUCUGGGUGGGGCUGCUGGAGCGCACGCUACGCCUGCUGCUCCCUCAUUACGAGCUGAGUGCCGACUACAUGGACUGCGCGGGCCGCAGAGCCGAGGAGCUGCGGCCCUUCGGGGACACCCCACGGAAACUUCGUCUACAGGUCACGCGGGCGCUGGGAGCAGCCAGAACGUUGGUGCAGGGACUGGCGACUGGAAGUGACAUCGUCAGCAGAGCGGCCAAGGCAGUGCCACCUUCCGAUUGUCUGCGAGCUGCCAUGCGGAUGUGGUAUUGUCCAUUGUGCCGAGGUUACACAGGUCUCCUGCCCUGCCAUGGCCUCUGUCUUAACGUCAUGAAGGGCUGCCUCGCCCACCAGGCGGAUAUGGAUGCUGAUUGGAACAGUUUAAUAGAUGGACUGCAGGAGGUGGCUGAGCGCCUGACUGGACCUUUCAACGUGGAACUGGCCACUGAGUCCAUCGCAGUCAAGAUAUCGGAGGCGAUAAUGACGCUGCAGGAAGAGAGCGUACAGCUCACUGCACAGAUUUUCCAGUCCUGCGGUACCCCGCCUCCAGCUCGCGCCAGGCGCUCCCCCCAGGAAGACCCCAAGAGGAAGUUUAGAGUUUACAGCAACGAGGAGAAGCCGACGUCGGCGGCUGGUACCAACAUAGACAGAUUGGUGUCGGAGGUGGUGUCCAAGCUCCGCCCACUGCGCGGCCUCUGGAAGCUCCUCCCUCUGUCCCUCUGCUCUGACCACAGGGUCUCGGCUGGACUCAGCAAUCAGGAGAAGUGCUGGAACGGACAGACCCGAGGGCGGUACCUUCCGCAGGUGACAGGGGAUGGACUGGUGAAUCAGAUAAAUAACCCGGAGGUGGAGCUUCCGAUGUCGCCUUCCGACCCCAGAACCCGUCAGCUGGGCCUACAGCUUCGCGUGGUGAGGAGUAAACUGCGGGCGGCCUACAGCGGAAAGGACAGCGACACCCAGGACGCCUAUGACGAGGGCAGCGGUGGCUCAGGAGGAGGGGAGAUCGUGACGGUGAAGCCGGUGAUCAGGACACAGCCAGGAGUUCCCGAGCGCAAGGAGCGGCCCAGCAAGGACAAGAAGCAGAAUGCCGGUGGGAAAGGGAGGGGGGGAAGGAGAGGGGGCGGAAAGUACAGAGAUGGGGCAGGAGGGUUACGUGUCUCUGCUUACACAAUUAUCCUCAUGACCGCGAUUGCCAGACUUCUAGUGUCCGCGUGAACCCGGAAAAAAAGGACUGGAGCUAAUUAAUGAGGCCAAUAAAAACUUUUUUUAUUUUUUUUUUAUUUAGUUUUUAUAGUUCUGCAGCAGCAAUGUACGGGUGUGUAAUUUAUACCUGCCCGAUAGCCAAAUGAAUGGAUAGGACCCCAAUGUCCUUCCAUCCAGAAUGUUAUGUAUGACCGUGAUGUUCUGUGCUAGUAGUCCUUCCUGGGGCUGGAAGCUGGGAACAGGUAAUGGUGGUAAUGUACGUGAUGGCCCCCAAUUAAAGUACUAAUUGCAGGGGCUACUGAACAAAAACGAGCUUUCUUAAAAGUGGGCAACCCCCAUCCGCGAUGUGUUAUUGGUGUGCAGUACCCUCUAUCCGCCACUACAAGCGCUGUGGUACGCUUUUGGAAUUGACAUUGAAUACAUUGAAUAGGCUACAGUGCCACCUACAGGAAACAAACAGGUACUUCACACCAAUGACUUUUUCUUCCAUAAUUAUUAGGGAACUAACGUCAAAGUCAUUUUGUAAAAACUAGAACUGGCUCCUAGUUUAUGGCUCUUCCUGCGAUUUAUAUGAUGGUGUAAACUCAGGCCUGGGAGAUCAGGGUAUUCAUCCUCCAUCCGUGUUCUGAGAGAUACAUCGCCUUGGUGGCUGCAGUCAACUUCUUGUCACUCCUGCUGCUAAUCGUAUUGAAGACCCAGAGGUAUAAAUCGGGAUCUUUAGUGUUUUAUAAUUACGUCUCCCCUGAAACAAGUGUAGGUCGCACACCAUUUCCCAUUAUCAUCGUGACAUGGCCAUCUUUUGCAUUACCGUGUCACUGAGAGCCAUGGCCGCUACGGCACAAUAUGGCAUAUGUGAGAGUACUAUAGGAGCAGCACGGUGCGGAUGUCCUGAGUGGGGAGAGUCACAGUACAGACACGAAGGCUCCACACCGAGGCUUAUCCAGUAGUGUCUCACGCCAGUGGGCUGAUACGCAGUACCCCGCUGCUGCCACCCGCUUCAGCAUCUGUUGUCGUGUCUACAGCUUUAUGCCAAUGCUACUGAAAGUCCUUCCUCCACCUUAUAAACGUGGAAAUUUAGACUCCACAGUAAAUGCCACCCUGUCACAGGACUUACGCAGCUAUACCGACUUUCUAUAUAAAAUACUUAUAUUGUGAAAUAUUAAAUAUUGUAUCCAAUAUUUUAACCGUUUUUCAGUAAAAUUAUAACUUGAAUCUUUAGUAGAAGUACUGAGGCUUACCAGCUGUAAUAGAACUACAAGUCCCAUCACGCACUACUAGCAUGACCCAUUAUCCCCUCAAAAAGGCUGGUGUCUUCAGAACAUCAAAGUCACAGAAAUUCAUAAUAAUAUUUAUUUUUAGUUUUCUGUCCCUAAACACGACAUCAGAGGCUGGGUCUAUAGCCUGAUGGUGUGACAUUGGCUCUCUGAUUGGCCAACGUAAACAUGGCCUGAAAAUUGCAGUUAAGACCCUGAAACAUGCUUUUUUCAGAGACUCCUGCUGAGUGGUUCUUAGUAUCGAUGGUGUACACAGUUGGCUGAUGUUUUAAUUCUGCUAAAAGUGUCCCAAUUGUUAGCGCCCAGAGGCCACCGCAAGAUCCUGUAUUAAUGAAAUCAGCUGCAACGUUAACAUAAAUACGCAGCUGCAGCAAAAGUGGUUUCCAAUAAAAAAAAAAUCCCAUACUUUCCCCAAUAUCAUCUCUGUCAUUGCCACGUUCUCCUCCUCACCCAAAUUCAUUGUGCGGUCUUCCUCCUGUCCAGUGCCCUCACAACCUGUUUCUGUCUUGAGUCUACAGUAGGUGUCAUGGACAUCCACCUGCUUCUGUAGACAGCGCCCAACAGCUGGUCUAAGCUUCCCGACAAUGGCCCUCAUUCCGAGUUCGCUCGCUAGCUACUUUUUGCAAAAAUGCACACGCUAAGCCGCCGCCUACUGGGAGUGAAUCUUAGCUUUGCAGAAUUGCGAACGAAAGAUUAGCAGAAUUGCGAAUAGAAAUUUCUUUGCAGUUUCUGAGUAGCUCAAGACUUACUCUGCCACUGCGAUCAGUUCAGUCCUUUUCGUUCCUGGUUUGACGUCACAAACACACCCAGCGUUCGUCUAGACACUCCCCCGUUUCUCCAGCCACUCCCGCGUUUUCCCCCGAAACGGCAGCGUUUUUUCCGCACACUCCCAUAAAACGGCCAGUUUCCGCCCAGAAACACCCACUUCCUGUCAAUCUCACUCCGAUCACCAGAACGAUGAAAAAUCUUCGUUAAGCCGUGAGUAAAAUACCAAACUUUUGUGCUAAUUUACUUGGCGCAGGCGCACUGCGAACAUUGCGCAUGCGCAGUUUGCGACUAAUUGCUCCGAUGCGAAAAAAACUAACGAGCGAACAACUCGGAAUGAGGGCCAAUCUCUCUCCCCCUUCCAUGGUUCCAAUGACCGUGUGCUUUGUGAUGAAGGGUAAUAUACAAAUGAGAGGUUUCACCUGGGGUGAGAUUGAAUUUAAAUCGGGGGCAGACAGUUGUGGCCAUGUAGCCUCCCAUAAAUGUUCUCAGCACCAGCAGGUAUAUCAGGUAAUAGUCUUCUAUACCUCAGCAGCAAGCAAUGGACCCUACUUACUGCUACCUUCCUCAGUUUAUUUAAAUGUCUAGUUGGACAUGGACUAAGCUACCCAACAGACCAUCAGCAGGUCCCCACCUGGAGGUGAGAACCAGGAGCUUCCUCUGAUGCUCAGAUGUUGGGGAAUUUUUUAUAGUAUUUCUCUUUUACUAUGGUAUUCAUACAGUAAAAACAUUUUUAGUGCCAAUAUUACAUUCCAUUUUUUAUAACGAAGAUACGUCAUGUUUCAAAAAAAUAAAAACCUUUUCGUAAUAAUGGAUGUUAAAGGGAUCGUCAGCUUUUCAGACGUAUAUCCCAGGUGGUGCCUCCCACCUAGCGGUUUAGUUGGGUUCUUCUCGUUGGAUGCUCCUGGUAAUUUGCUAUAUACAGGGGCCCCUAGCUAGGUGGGUGUAAUCAAAAGUUCUGUUAAUUUAAGGUAUUUAAUGUUUAUUUAUUUGUUAAUUUAUUUAAGCAUCUGAUGUAAAUAGUGUGUUACUGUUUUUAAGAAUUAUGUUCACAUUUAUAUAUAUUUUUUAAAAUACUUGUACGUUAAAAGUUUUCAUUUGAUACUUGAAUUUUUUUUUUUUUUAAAUAAAGCUGUCAUUUUUA